AUGACGAGCAAGAUUUCAAAAGACGUUUUGCUGAAAAGGAUUGAUGAUAUCUUGGAUUACAGUCUGAAGGAGCACAAGCGAAAGUUCUUGGAGACCGUUGAGCUCCAGGUUGCACUUAAAAACCUCGACCCUGCAAGGGAUCGACGUUUCGCAGGAACCAUCAAGCUUAAGCAUAUUCCUCGGCCAAAAUUUUCCGUUUGUGUCUUGGGUGACCAACAGCAUUGCGACGAGGCUAAAGCUAACGGUAUUCCGUGCAUGGAUGUUGAGGAGCUGAAGAAGCUCAACAAGGACAAAAAGCUCGUAAAGAACCUUAGCAAGAAAUAUGGUGCUUUCCUUGCCAGCGAAAGUGUUAUUCGUCAAAUUCCAAGAAUAUUGGGUCCAGGCCUAAACAAAGCUGGCAAGUUCCCAACUGCCGUCUCCCAUCAGGAACCUCUCGUCCAAAAGGUUGAGGACAUUCGAGCCACGAUCAAGUUCCAGAUGAAGAAAGUGCUCUGUCUUGGUGUUGCUGUUGGUAAUGUCAAGAUGACCAGGGAACAGCUUCAGCAGAACAUCACCUUAUCCAUUAACUUCUUGGUUUCUCUCUUAAAGAAGAAUUGGCAAAAUGUUCGUGCUGUAUACAUAAAGUCCACUAUGGGUCCAUCACACCGAUUGUACUAA